UCAACUUUCCGUUCUUAUAUACCUAUCUUUAUGCCCUCGGCUUGUUCUAGCUCCCCGCAUUUGAUGUGUGGUUUUUAACUUCUCUGGAGCUGCAAAAAGGGAGAGGUGUUCGCUUCCGCUCUGGAGUCGGAAGUUUGCUUUCUUUCGGGUCGACGCGGUAGCGAUCGAGCUUGGCUGAGAGCUCGGCGAGGCUUUGCUGCCGGAGGGAAGCUCGGCCCAGCUGAACUCGGUUUCCUUCUCCGAUCCUUGGGCUUGACAGGCCUGCCGUUCUGGGAAGAUGGGCCGAAGAAAAUCAAAGAGAAAACCUCCUCCCAAGAAGAAAAUGACUGGCACGUUGGAGACCCAGUUCACUUGUCCCUUCUGCAACCACGAGAAGUCUUGUGAUGUGAAAAUGGAUCGAGCACGAAACACUGGUGUUAUAUCCUGCACAGUGUGCUUGGAAGAAUUUCAGACACCUAUUACAUAUCUGUCAGAACCCGUGGAUGUAUAUAGUGACUGGAUAGAUGCCUGUGAAGCGGCCAAUCAGUAGUGGCUUUGAGGACCCGGCCUGCUUGCUGUCAAGGGUGGGCGUCCUAUUGGGCCCUGAGUAGCUGGAAGACUCUCCUGAGACCACAAAGGAAGUGACUCCUAAGCUUCAGUUGUCCCCUCCCUGACCUCGGGCCCACCCUCAUCCUCCCCCAUUGCUUCUCUCCAGAACAGUGGAAGAAGAAUGGCUCCCUCUGUAGCUCUAGCCUGGGCUAGGCCUCUACCUAUUCUUGGAGUUCUUGGACUGGCAUCUGCAUUGCUUUGUAGGUGGGAGGGGCAGUGGCUGAAGGCACUCAGUUAGGCAGCUGCCAUGGAUCUCUGAAGGCUUGGGGCAGAUUCCCCUGUCCCCCAGCCCUCGUGAGACCAGACUUGGCCCUCCCCCCGGGGAGGUGCAGAUACCGUGGCCUUACAUCAGUCAGAUGCGGCUGAGUUGUCUCAGAACUCCACCGGUACCUGGUUUCCCAGUGAGCAAACAGCCAGCCAGGUCUGGGGGAAGAGAAGAGCACUGGAGUGGCUCCUGCCAUUGAGACUUAGCACUUGAUUGGUUUUAUCCUCUUUCAUUUGAACUGUCAUCUUUCCUCCCCUUCCUGAAGUGACUUGAUUUCAGGCUGUCUAAAAGUCCCUCUUGUCAGUUACUAUAAAUAAUACUGAUCUCACUGAGAAAGAUGGGGGUUUGGUGGGUUGAGGGGGUAGGCAGGUGGAGGGAGAGGAACUAUCAGUGUCCCUUUAAUAAACUACUCUCUGAGGGA